AACACAAAGAAAUAACUCAAAGUAUCGAAAUGUCUAAAACCCUGCGUCAGAACCCAGAGAAACCUUAGGAUAAAAGGGAGUCACAGACAUAGAGCAAUUGGAAAUCUCGCUGAGAAGAUGUUUUGCCUCAGACCUGGACAAUCGGUACUCCCACACGCCCUACAAAUUAUUGGGACUUCCCCGGCUGAUUGUGCUGUGGAUGUUAACUGACUCAAAGUUUCAGUGUAGUCAGCGAGCCUUUGAAAUUCUAAAUCAUGGAGGCCAGUCAGGAAACUUCCCUUUUCUUGGUGAAGAUCUUAGAGGAACUGGACAGCAAGCAAAAUACCGUUUCCUACCAGGACCUGUGCAAAUCACUGUGUGCCCGCUUUGAUUUGUCCCAGCUUGCCAAACUGAGAAGCGUGCUCUUCUACACGGCUUGUCUUGAUCCCAGUUUUCCAGCCACAUUAUUCAAGGACAAGAUGAAAUGCACCAUGAAUAACCAGCAAUCAAAGAAAAUCAUGGUGGCAGCAGAUAUUGUGACAAUAUUCAACCUGAUUCAAAUGAAUGGGGGCGCCGCCAAGGAGAAGCUGCCCAUGGGCCAGCAGAAGGUGCGCAGGAAGGAGGUGUCCUUUGAAUCGUGCAGGUCCGACACAGAGAUCUGCACCGCGGCCCAGUGUGAGGCCCUGAACUGUGAGCUGAGCGAGAGGCCCUUCAGCCGGGGCUACCCCACCAGACAGUCGUCCAAGUGCCAGAAGAUGGACUGCAAGGACUGCCCACAGUUUGUACCUGCCUCCGAACCCAACUUCUUGUUAGGUGUCAGCAAAGAGCUGAAAAAUCGGGCUGCGUCCCUGGACAGGCUGCAGGCCCUGGCCCCGUACUCGGUGGCCAGCCCUCAGCCCUGUGAGAUGCAGCGAACCUACUUCCCCACGAACAUUGAGAAUGAGUCCAUCUCCGAUCAGGACUCCCUGCCCAUCAGCCAGGGCAUCAAGGAGACUUUCAUUUCUAAUGAGGAGCCAUUUGUGGUCCAGUCCUGUGUCCAGAAGAGGAACAUCUUCAAAGAGGAUUUUCACAAUCUGAUGACUGUGGCCCCCAGUUUGGUUGGCCCCGCUAACAAGGCAGAUGGUGAACAUGGGGAACCACAGAGUCGAAAGGAACCCCACAAGACAGCUUUCUUUAAUCACAGCUUUGAAAUGCCCUACAACAGCCACUACCUGAAUCCUGCGUAUUCCCCUGUUGCUGACAAAAGGCGGGCAAAACAUGAAAGCUUAGAUGACCUUCAAGCCUCUACGUAUUUUGGACCCACUCCAGUGAUGGGGACCCAGGAAGCCAGGCGCUAUCCAGGGAGGCCGGGCAAGCAGACCCCCUGGCCAGCCAAAAGCUGGAGCCUAAACACCGAAGAAGUCCCUGACUUUGAACGGUCCUUUUUCAAUAGAAAUCCCUCUGAGGAGAAACUACACUAUCCAAAUUCCAGCAGCCAGACCCCCAAUUUCCCAGCCCCAGACAGGCGCCCGGCUUACCUCACGCCAAAGGAUCAACAGCUGAUUCUCCCUGUUGGCUAUACAGCAAAACCAAACGGGCUCAAAUCUAAAGAGCUUUCAUCCCCCGUUGACCUGGAGAAGCACGAACCAGUCAAAAAGUUUAAAGACAAGAGCAUUAGCUGCACCAGCGGGCAGCUCAGCUCAGAUACCAGUAGUGUGGGCACCCAGACUGAGCAGCAUGUGCUGGAGCCCAAGAAAUGCAAAGACUUGUGCACCUUGGGGCAGGGCAAGUACAGUGAUAGGCAUGCCAUGAAGCAAUCAGAUGAUGACUCAGAAAUUGUCAGCGAUGACAUAAGUGACAUUUUCCGUUUUCUUGAUGACAUGAGUAUCAGUGGCUCGACGGGAGUGAUGCAGUCAUCUUGCUACAACAGCACAGGGUCUUUGUCUCAGCUGCACAAGUCAGACUGUGACAGUUCACCGGAGCAUAACCUAACCAAAAUUGCCAACGGGCUCACCAGCAGCAAAGGAGAAAAGGGCAACCGGCCUGAAAACAGCCACCACUCUGAAGAGGAGUUGAAGACCAGUGUGUGCAAACUGGUGCUCAGGAUUGGUGAAAUUGAACGGAAGCUGGAAUCACUGUCAGGUGUUCGUGAGGAAAUCUCCCAGGUCCUGGGAAAAUUAAAUAAAUUGGAUCAGAAAAUACAGCAGCCCGAGAAGGUGAGUGUGCAGAUAGAUCUGAAUUCCUUGACGAGCGAGGCUCCGUCCGAUGAGAGUGCCUCUUCCCGUAUGUUCCAUACGCAGAAUGGCUCCCAUGGACCCAAACUGGAGAAUACUGCCGACUGGUGCUGUUCUGAUGCCAGUGGAAGCAACAGCGAAAGCCUUCAUGUAAAGGCCUUAAAAAAAAGCCUCUUCACCAGGCCAUCCUCUAGGUCCCUGACAGAGGAGAACAGUGCCACAGAGUCCAAAAUCGCCAGCAUCUCCAACUCGCCCAGGGACUGGCGCACCAUCACUUACACCAACCGCAUGGGCCUCAAUGAGGAAGAGAUAAAAGACAGAGGCCUUGGAGAGAAUAAGGACUGGCAUCGAAACUCGAAAGAGGCAGACAGGCAGUACGACAUCCCCUCGCAGCACCGGCUGCCCAAGCAGCCCAAAGACGGCUUCCUGGUGGAGCAGGUGUUCAGCCCUCACCCUUAUCCCACCUCCCUCAAGGCCCACAUGAAGAACAACCCCCUGUACACAGACAUGCGGCUGACCGAGCUGGCCGAGGUGAAGCGGGGCCAACCUUCUUGGACCAUCGAGGAGUAUGCACGGAACGUGGGUGACAAGGGCAAGCUGACAGCCCUGGACCUGCAGACACAAGAAUCUUUAAACCCAAACAACUUAGAAUAUUGGAUGGAAGAUAUUUAUACUCCAGGCUACGACUCAUUACUAAAACGUAAAGAAGCCGAGUUCAGACGAGCCAAGAUCUGCAAGAUAGCCGCUGUGAUUGCUGCUGCCGCGUGCACAGUCAUCCUUGUCAUCGUUGUGCCCAUUUGCACAAUGAAAUCAUGAGCCUCUGGAUGCAACGUUGUGUACAGCUUAUGACUAGUAAUGUCUCCCUCCGUAGUUUAAAAUUAUGCCGCAAUGUGGCAACAGUUUGCUGAAAUAGAGAUGAAAUCAUGGAGGCUUUUCUGCAAAUGCUGAAGAUGGUGUUCAGAAAGUCUGCAUUCUAGGGAGAAAUCUACCUACCUAUUAGCUUUGACUUAAUUACAUUCGGAUACAUUUUUACAAGUGCAAUAUCUUUUCUUACCAAAAGAAUUGUAAUGGACUACCAGUAGAUACUAAUUGAACUCCAAGAGAAAAACAAACAAAAAACUCCAGGAAGAUUGACUGGAUUCCUUCCAUUUUGAUGAGGUUUCAUGCAAGGAAUAUGUUAUACAGAAGAUAUUUAAUACGUGCCUCUUUUGGAGGAAGCUAAGGGAGGUGGCAAAAUGAGAAGGACGAAAGGAGAGAUUCUAUCUUCCUUAAUGUUCCUAGACCAUUGCAGGUGAAGGGACAGGGUGUCUGUCCAUAAAGGAGCUUACUCCUCUGGCUCUUGUCAAGGGCUACCGACUUUCCGUUCUUGCCCUUCUGUCAUCGUUCUGAUCUUCACUGCAGAUCUUCAUGGGCGCAUUCUGCACCUUCUUCCUUGUGCCCAGGGUAGGAAGGAGCUGAACUCCCAAAGCAGACAUGGUGUAAAGUGCGCUCUCCCUGCUGAAUAGGCCAAGGUCUUCGGGCCAGGAGACUUUCCUGUCCCCACCCCAAGACGGGAGAGCUGCUUGCUAAUAAUGUAAGGUCAAUGUUUGAAAAUCGCAGCCGCCCCGAAGGAUCUCCCAUUCUUGCUUUGGUGUGUGGCUUCCCUCCUUGAGCUUCUGUCUCCUGGUGGUACCAGAUGCUCUGCUUCUCUCAGAUGAGUUGAAGAAUUUGGAACUUGUCCUUGUGCCUUGAAGAGCAGAGACAAUGGGUAAACUUUGACACUCUAAAUGUAGACCAUGGUUUCUGUGCAUCACUAAUAUCAGCCAUUUCCAAUGGCUUUAAAAAGAUUUUGAAAGUGUGUCAAUAAUACGAUACAGGCACUGAGGUGUUCUCAGCUACUCCAACAUCUACUCCAGAGUUUUGAAUACUUGUCAGCAGUGCAAAAAAUAUUAUCUAUUUAACCGUUUAUCUAUCUAUAUGUCUGUCUAAAUACCUGAUUUUGGUCUCUUGUCUUCUCUGUUAAAUAACCUGAGAGUGAGAUUUCUCCAGUGUACAGGAAGCCGUUGUAAUUUCAUUAGAAUUUGAUCUCAGUUUCCACCUGUUGAAUGGUGCUUUGACACAAUUGGACAGAGUCAUUUUCAGCAUUUGAUUCUAAUGCCUUGUUACAAGUUAGAGAAAAAUGAUUGACAGAAACUAGCUACCUUAAUUAAUUCUUCUGAGAACAAGGUGGGAUAUAAAUAGAUCUUGGUAGUAAAAAUAAUCACUCUGGAUGAUAUAAUAAAUUCCUGAAAGAGAGGUUUAGGAAACUCCUCAGAUUUUAAAGCAAUAGGAGUCCAGCAUCCAUCCUAAAAACUUCCAAAUAGUGCUUAGCUUGCUGUGUAUAACUCUAUUGUUCAUCAUAAGGGGUAGUCAGAACAUUUCAUGCUGUGAACAAAUAAAGGAUGGAUGCUUCCAUCUGUAGUGAGCCUUUAUUUCUGGAGGUCUUCAUGUUAUCUGUUUCUAUUCUCAUGUUCAUGUAUGGAUUUUUGACUAGGUGACUGAAACUUAAGCCUUAGUAUGGAAAACUGAGGAUUUAUAAUUGAAAAUUAUACAUAUAUAUAUAUAUUACUGUCCAUUGUCAGAAUUUUAGUCUUUUGGUGCUCUGUUUUCACUUGGGCACGUUCAAUAAGGUUGUUUCUUUCACCCCAAAGGGAAUACUAGAUUACCUUACUCUUGCCAUGCCAACUCUCCUCCCAACCAGUAUGGCUCUGUAACACAACCUAGUCCUACUAUUCUCCCCUUUAUCACAGAUUAAGCUACGAGAGCAUCAGAGAUAGGUAGUUCCCAAUCUUUUGCUCCAUGAUUUGCAGAGAAGUGGAGAUGCUAUUACCCAGGAUAAGAAAAAUCUUGUCAAAUCCCAACCGGGCUCCUCCAUUUGCCAGGGAGGAUGAUGGGGGAUGUACCAAACCACUAUUGCCACUGCCCUUGGAUGAAUCUAUUCCUAAUGGGCCUUGUUUGGUCCAUGUGCCUAGCUACCUAAGGAGAGUGUGACUAUAAGCCCCAUCCCACACGUGGAAGGAAGGGACUCUGUAGAAUUUUCUUCUACCUUGCAUAUCUCUGGAGGUAGUCAGAGAAAUUUAGUCUUGCUCUAAGUCCAGUAUAGCUUUAAAAUUCCACUCAACAUCAUUGCCACGUAAUGGAAACAUCCAGACCUGGUAAUACUCCUGGGAACCAGACAGUGAUGGCUCAAAGGCAAGUGGUUUCCUCUGGAAAGGGGUCAUCCUCAGCCUGAUAGUUUCCAGUCUGCUGUCAAGUUAUGGACCUGUGCCACAGCUUGAAGCUGAUGGAUGCUUGGGGUCUUGGGAUCUAGAGAAGGUGAAGUUCACAGUUGGGUCCUUUCUUUCCAUUGACUACAAGCUUAUUAAAGCCUUCUUUCCCUGGACCCCAUCCUCACGCUGGCUCCUCCAUCCCUCUGUUUGCAGAAUGGGGCAAGACCAGAGUCUGACUUGGAAGGAGACAUCUACUCAUCCCUCUAAAAUUUACCUCUCAUCUCCUGCUGCUAUGAGCUCCCUGCAGGUGACAUAGGGACUGGCCUAUCUUCUGUACUGGGUGCCAUCUCAUACCACACUCUCUGGCAUUUUCACAUAGAGUAUAAUUUCCUGUGCCUGAGCCUAAAAUCACUACACUAUCAAAAUUCACUUCAUUUCUCUUGCAUUUAAAAAAUGAAUACUCAGAUGUUGUUAUUUAAGGGAUUAUUUUGAAAUCAGAUAUCCUUAGCCAAUGAUUAAAUGCAGAAUCAUUUCAUCCUCUUUUCUAGUCUGAAUUUGCUUUGAACACAGCCUUGCAGAAAAGCAAAAUAAUUUCCCAGCUCACAGUUUUCAGAUAUUUUACACCAGUACUCCCUUCUUUAAACUGCAAAUACAGUAAAGCAAAUCAUACUUAUAUCACCCAUUAAUAGCUGAUCAUAAAUUGUUAGUAUUUUAGGGCAUGCAGCUAUGUGAUUGAUAUCUGCAAGGCUAGUUUAAUAGAUGUGCUAAAAUUCACUGUUCUGACUGUGCCAUAAGUUCUUUUCUUUUUUUUUAAGAUUUUCACCUGAGCUAACAACUGUUGCCAAUCUUUUUUUUUUUUUUGCUUUUUCUCCCCAAAUUCCCCCAGUACAUAGUUGUAUAUAUUUUA